UUGGUUAGUCAUUAACCCCACUAGACUUUACACCCGAAGCAAGCUCACCACCUCACCAAGUCCUAUAACUACAAUCGUGUGGAUUGUUACUGAAAAAAAGGAGCACAUCCCUGUCAUAGCCGGAUUCAUUUUUUCAGUGUAAAGAUGAGUGAUAUCUCUGACGAUGAUAAUGAGAUCUGUUUCGCAGUUAAAUUUCUGGGGCGUGUUGAGGUGGUCCGUUCUGAGGGCAUGCAGGUCCUGAAUGAGGCCAUUCAGAGCCUGAAGAUGCCUGACAAAGAGUCAUCGGCAAAGGUGCAGAAGAAGAACAAGGUGUCUUUGUUUUUGUCCAUGAGCGGGAUUGACAUUUUGGAGCAUAAAACCAAGUUCAUGCUGUACACAUGCCCCCUCUCCUCCGUGUCCUUCUGUGCAGUCAUCCAGAGCACACCCAAAGUCUUUGGCUUUGUGGCCAAACACCCAGCUGCAGACAUGUACCACUGUUAUCUCUUCCAGAGCAAGACAUUUUCUCAUCUGCUGGUGUCCAUUAUCGGAGAUGCAUUUCGGGCCACAAAGAGAGAGGAAAGUCUCAGAGGAGGCGGACGGGAUCUGAUUGUGGAGGCACUGAGGCACAAGAAUAAAGUCCUGCAGAGGGAGAAUGCCGAGCUGAGGAUGAGACUUAAUGCAUCAGGAGAUUAACGUUUCACUGCAGUGAUGACACCGCGCCUCUACUGAGAACACAGGAACUGAACAUGACAGAUGUUUGAAGAGGAGUGGCCAUGUCAAAUAUACUGUAAUGCAUGUUGAUGAUACAUGACUGUAACUUAACUAUAAUGUCUGAAUAAAACAAUGAAUUAACAGCUA